AUGGCACACUUACGAAAUGAUGCAUUAUAUCCUCUUGUUCAAAAGGCAAUUGAAUAUGCAUGCGAAAAUUCCUCAUCGUACAUGUUCAUCAAUCAUCUUGUGGACCCAGAUCAAACCAUUGACCGCAAUAGUUUAUACAAAGACAGAAUUGAGGUCAACUUCAAGCGAGGAGACCUCGUAGAAGUGACAUGUCAAAUUGUUUUUGAUUCCAAAGAUUACCUUUUCCCACCCGAUAUUAUAUUUACCUAUCCCAAAGAAUAUUUGAGUGAAUUCGAUAAAUUCUCAUUAUUACUACCUCCACACGAGUGGGAUCUUACUCGCAUAGGGUGUUUGCAUAAUUGGCUUCAAAUAAUCUGGAAAGUUAUAUGUGAAUAUAGUUCAAUCGGGAAUAGUUCACAAGAAAAACAAAAACACAGCACCAGCUUUCUCGAAAAUUCUUUAGAUGAAUAUAAAGAAGAAGAGUCUAAUAGUGACUAUACAGACGCAGUAUCAACGCAUUCACUGGAUUUGUCUGAGGAAAAUACACAUUCUAAAGAGCAAAAAGAUUAUAUGUACCUAUCGUACAUAGGGCGAAAAGAAAUAAUAGAGGAAUGGGUUCCUCGUAUCGUAGACAAUUUGGUGUGGCUUGAUAUAGACAGCUAUCUUUCUAUAUCCUUCUAUAUAUCUGUAGAAAUACCAGAUGAAGUUCAAGAAAAUAUGGUCGACUAUCAGGAGGAAUCGUAUUCCAAAUUUACUCAACAGAUAGCAAAAGCUCAUACGGAUGCACCAGUACUUGUGAAAGGCAAUUCCCCUCUAAAGUUCCUCCUCGUCUCAGCUGUUAACACAGAGUUAGAUGGCGUAUGCGAGCCUGACUCAUAUCCAUUUGUACUUACACCAUCUAGUUUGGAGCCAUCAAAAGCAGUUGACGAAAUAAUGGAGACAUUGGUUGUAAUCAUCCCAAUAUUCCACACCCAACAAUUCGAUAAAGAAGACUAA